UAAUAUCGUCAUCGUCGACGCUGAGUUUCGAAUAAAGAAUAGCUAUUGUGGACCAUAGAACACUACCACCAUCACCCUCAUAUAAACGAUCCACCAUCGAAAACGAGAAAACCAACCCAAUCAUGGCGCUCAUAUCGGUCAAAACCAUCUUGACCUCCCUCUGCCUCUUCCACAUCACCCUGGCCUACUUCUUCUACACGAAUCCCAACGCCAUUUCUGAGCAGGCCCUCGUCUUCGUGCUAGGCGAAGCCAUGGGCAUGCCCCAAACGACCGCCUUCGCGAACCCGAACCCCGUCUCCUCCCUCCUCGGCGUCUCCCUCCUCAUCACCGGCCUCUCCGACCUCGUCACCCUCUCCCUGCCCGAAGAGAUAUGGAUGGUGCACUACUGGGGCACGCAGGCGCCCCUGCGCAUCACCAUCUUCGCCUCGCUCUCCCUAUUCGCGUACUUCUCCACCCCGUCCGCCGGCCGCUCCGGUCCCAACCGCCUGUCCCACCCCUUAGCCCCUCCCGCCCCCUUCUCUUCCUCCUCCUCCCCCGCCUCCUCCCCGUCGUCCAUAUUCUCCCCCGCGGGCCCCACGGGCAGCGACGGCCUGCGCAACCGCGUCUUCUUCACGUUCGCCUUCAUCGAGUUCCUCAGCUGGUUCUGGGUCUGGGUCACGCUGAAGGAGGAGGCCGCGAGCUUUUUCGCGCGCAAGAAGAGGAGGGGGAGCCACAGUGGUGGUGGUGAUGCUGUGCGGUAGAUGUUUGGACUGGAGAGGAUGGAGGUAGAGGGAUUGAGACUGACUUGUGGCACGUUCGACGGGCAUGACCCCCCAAUAUCGAACCUAUAAUAGGCUAUGACUUUCUUUUCUCCCCUUUUAAGCCGUAUCAUGUCGUGCAGCGGGUUCUUUAGAAGAAGCAUAUUCUGGCGUGGACGUGGGCAUUCGAUAUAGGCAUAGGCAUGUGUUAUUGGCAUUUCUACGGCAUUGGGCCAAGGCUUACGAAUCUGGAUCGGGAGACGUUGCUAGACAAAUACGAAGAAAUACGAAGACGUGGAAGAGAUACCCCUCUUAGUCCCUAGGGGAUUAAUUAGUCGCAGUAUGCAGGGUAGUCAUCUUAUCUCAGAUGGCGGUUUCAUGCACGAUUGUUUACGAAUUGCCUAUGAAUAAUCGCAACUAUCU